UCAAAUACCUCCCGCUUCUGGACAACAGCAACAACAGCUACAAUAACAACAACAACAACAACAACAACAACUAAAAGAGACAAAUAGGCACCAAACGCGCCGGUGAAGCUUUUUGUUGUAAUGUGUUUGUGUGACUUCCAGCGGGUCUGACUAAGAACCCGGAUGUGAGGAGUAACUGCCCGUUCGGCUGCUAACGUUAGCCGCGUUAGCUCGCUAGCUAGCUCGCUAACACGAUACAACCUCUUCUCCACCGCUGAUAUCAAGUUGUAUUUUGAUUGCGUCAAAUAUCGAUGGAUUCACAACUCAUUGACAGCAUUCAUAUUCAAUAUAUAUAUAUAUAUAUAUAUAUAUAUAUAUAUAUAUAGUUGAUGUAUUUUGCAGUGAUAUAACCAGCUUUCACUGCCUAGAUUAGUUAUUGCUAAAUAACGGAGUGAAACGUCCGAUGUUGGGUUCAUCGUGAACCAUGUGGUUUAUGUUGUUAUGAAGAGACACGCGAGGUCCAACGGUUAUUGUAGACAUGUGAGUACUGAACAAAAACGAUCUCAAAUGAGCAGCGGUCGAUCAAAUAACAUGAUGUGUUUAUUGUUGUUAUAUUCCUGAGCACUUAAAGAACUGUACCACCAAGAAGAUGACGAAGAUGAGCGCUCCCGUCACCUUGAACGUGGGCGGCCGCCUGUACACCACCAGUCUGUCCACGCUGCAGCGCUACUCGGACUCCAUGCUGGGCGCCAUGUUCCGGGGGGAUUUCCCCACGACGCGCGACUCCCAGGGGAACUACUUCAUCGACCGCGACGGGACGCUCUUCAGGUACAUCCUGAACUUCCUGCGCACGUCCGAGCUCACGCUCCCGCUGGACUUCGCGGAGACGGACCUCCUGAGGAAAGAGGCGGACUUCUACCAGAUCGAACCUUUGAUCCAGUGCCUCAACGACCCCAAGCCUCUGUACCCGCCCGACAUAUUCGAGCAGAUCGUGGAGCUCUCCAGCACCCGCAAACUGUCUAAAUAUUCCAACCCGGUGGCCGUCAUCAUCACGCAGCUCACCAUCACCACGAAGGUCCACGGCCUGCUGGAGGGCGUCUGCAACAACUUCACCAAGUGGAACAAACACAUGAUGGACACCAGGGACUGCCAGGUGUCGUUCACCUUCGGACCGUGCGACUACCACCAGGAGGUGUCCCUCAGGGUUCAGCUCAUGGACUACAUCAUGAAACAGGGCUUCACCAUCCGCAACACGCGCGUGCAUCACAUGAGCGAGCGCGCCAACGAGAACACGGUGGAGCACCACUGGACUUUCUGCAGACCGGCGCACAAAGUCGAGGACUGAAUCUCAGCGGGCGACAUCGCCGUUUGGUUUGUCUCCGUUAUUUGAUCUGUUUUGGGAGUGCGGCACCAAUAAGGUUUUGUUUUUUACCUCCUUAUUUUGAUGAAUAGGGUUCAGUGGCACAGGACUCAAACGUCCACACAGAAAGCAUGAAAACAAUGAAAAUGUGAAUUAUUUGAUUAUAAUUAUUUGUUUCCCAUGUCGUCGGGGUGCAAGAACACUUUACUUGAGCUCCCACUACUUAUUUGCAGGGUUCGUACGGUCAUGGAAAACCUGGAAAAGUCAUGGAAUUUUAAAAUGGUUAUUUCCAGGCCCGGAAAAGUCAUGGGGGAAAAAAACUAAAUCAUAAAAGUUUUGGAAAAGUCAUGGAAAUUUGUUAUAAUCACAUGUUCAUUUACGGCGAGUUUGAAAUAACUUGUGUUUUUUUGAAGAAAGACGCUCAAAAUAUAAGCCGGCAGACGCUAUCAAUACAUGACUGUCUCAGAAAAUUAGAAUAUUGUGAUAAAGUUCUUUAUUUUCUGUAAUGCAAUUUAAAAAAACAAAUGUCAUGCAUUCUGGAUUCAUUACAAAUCAACUGAAAUAUUGCAAGCCUUUUAUUCUUUCAAUAUUGCUGAUUAUGGCUUACAGCUUAAGAAAACUCAAAUAUCCUAUCUCUAAAUAUUAGAAUAUCAUGAAAAAGUAUACUAGUAGGGUAUUAAACAAAUCACUUGAAUCGUCUAAUUAACUCGAAACACAUUUUCAAAUGUUUGAUUUUGUUUUGCUGUUAUAAAUCUUUUUUUUACUUGGUCUGAGGAAAUAUUCAAAUUUUAUGAGAUAGGAUUUUAGAGUUUUCUUAAGCUGUAAGCCAUAAUCAGCAAUAUUAAAAGAAUAAAAGGCUUGCAAUAUUUCAGUUGAUUUGUAAUGAAUCCAGAAUGCAUGACAUUUUUGUUUUUUUAAUUGCAUUACAGAAAAUAAAGAACUUUAUCACAAUAUUCUAAUUUUCUGAGACAGUCCUGUACGCAACAUUUUCUAAAUUGUUCAUGUUUAUACCGAGAUUUCAGUUUGGUCAUGGAAAUUUGGUUAAAAUUCAUGGAAAAGUCUUGGAAAUCCACUGGUCAAAGUGUGUAAGAACCCUGUAUUUGACAUUACUAGAUCUGGGAUCUCUGGGAUGUCAAAAAACGCAAUUCUUAUUAUUCCGUUUGUAUUUAUUAUGAACACUAUUAUACCCAAACAAUGCUAAAGAUCCGGGUAAGUAGAGGUUUUCUUUUGUAUUUUUGAUAUAAUGUGGUUACAGUACCUGCAUCUGUUUAUUUCAAAGUCAGCAAUAAAGUGGUUGAACAGGU